AUGGCACUGUACGCGAUGCUGUAUGUAUUCCCGUUUCUAGCUGUGCUUGCGGAAGCAGUGCCAGUAGUAUACUUUCCAUUCAACUCCCAAUUACCACCUGCGACGAGGAUAUCCGAACCAUUUUCAUACACUCUUUCCCCGCAGACAUUUGCCUCCCAGUAUCAAUUCUCAUACAGCCUUCGAAAUGCACCAUCGUGGCUCUCAAUAGAUGCCAACACCGGCCGUCUCUUCGGGACACCCCAGGAUGACGAUGUGCCACCAGGCGAGGUGGUGGGGAUACCGGUGGACAUCAUUGCGACAGACAGUUCGGGCUCGGCGACAAUGACAGCCACGCUGGUGGUAACGAGAAGACCAACGCCCAGGCUCAACAAGCCGCUAUCCGAACAGAUACAGCAGUUUGGCGAGACAGCGUCACCGUCUGCUGUCGUGGCCUUUCCUGCGUCCGAUUUCUCAUUUUCCUUCGCCAAAGAUACGUUCUCCUACGCCGGAAAUGGCCUGAACUACUAUGCAACCUCGGCCAACAAUAGUCCUCUGCCUUCCUGGAUCAAGUUCGAUGCCACCAGCCUUACCUUCACGGGAAAGACGCCACCAUUCGAGUCACUGGUCCAACCGCCCCAGAAAUUCGACUUCAGUUUGGUUGGGUCUGACAUCGUUGGAUUUUCGGCCGUCUCCGUCGUAUUCUCCAUCAUCGUCGGCACCCACAGACUCACAACAGAUACACCCGUCAUCCGACUCAACGCGACUCAGGGGACCAAGGUUUCCUACACGGCGCUGGCCAGCAGUAUCAAAUCGGAUGGCAAUGCUGUUGUGCCAGCUGACCUUAAUCUUACUACAUCAGGACUACCGAGCUGGCUCUUGGUUGAUGAUACAACAUUCGAGAUACAAGGAAACCCUCCCGAUAACGCACAGCCAUCAAAUUCGACGCUCAUUUUCCGAGACAAGUACUCCAGCACUCUCGACAUUCUUCUAUCUGUCACCAUCGUAACAAAAAUCUUCCGUAGUACAACCAUGGGGUUCGAAGCCACGCCGGGGGGGGCAUUCUCAUUUGAUAUUGAACCUUACCUUUGGGUACCUUCAGACAUUGAGCUAGAAAUCGACUCUCCGGAGGAUUGGAUCAAGCUCGAGGGACUGGUUUUAUCAGGCACCCCACCCAAGACCGCGUCACCCGACAACAUCAAGAUCCUCGUCAAGGCAACAUCGAAGAGCUCACAAGAAUCCGAUACGGCUACCGUGGACCUCGGCUUACUGCCCGCACCAGCUGUUUCUUCAACUACUCCUACAACUUCAGCGAAGCCAACAAAUCCGGCUGUCAGCGACGGCUCAACACAAGGUCUGAAAGCCGGCUAUAUUGCCCUCGCAAUAUUGCUCCCUCUGCUCCUUCUUGCCAUUAUUGUUCUCCUGAUUGUCUGCUGCCGCAAAAGGAGGCGGCGAGAUUCCGCCCAUGACAACCUAAAAAGCAAGAUUUCACAACCUAUACCCGGAACAUUCGUGAUGAACAGCGGGCCGCACAGCAGAGGCGGAUCCGAUCAUUCCGUUGUUGAGAUGAUGAAGGCGCCCGAAACCAAUCGGCGCAGUAGGGGGUACUUCAACUCGGCCGUACAGAGGAUGAGGCAAUCGAGAACGCUCUCGACCAUCACUGGUUCCCGUAUGUCCGAGUCAAACAACCGCUCCUCUUAUCUAUGGAGAGGAUCCGAACGAAGCCCGACGCCAAGAUCCCCAUCCUUCACGUCUUCUUGGCGUACCGAGGGCGUGCUAUUCCAGCCUCAACACGCGCAGCAGCAAUCGACAAGCACCUACGAUGGUCCGAGUGAUCUACUUUCAGGCUCGUCCGGCUUUCUCCAAAGCCAACGGGACGAUUCAUUCCGAAGCGUAUUGGACAUCACCAUCCCAUCCAUGGAGGACGAGCCGAGCAGCAUCCAAGCAACGCCCGAGUUGGCAUACACGAGCCCGUGGGGAGAACCUUCCAGGUUGGCUCUCGAUCGGUCACUGCUACUGCCUGCCGCAUCUGGUUCCGAUAGCCUGGCAUCCAUACCAGAACAGCUCACGCCAUUGGGAUCGAACCCCACACAUGGAAGGAGGUUCUCGCCCUCGCAACGCCCAAGGAAAAGAUUCACUAUCUUGAAUGAUUCGGGAACACAGAGUAGCUUCCGCAGCUCCAGAUCCGGGUCAGGACGUGGCAGACUCGGGCGACAGGGCUCGGAGCCAGCAUCACGUUCCGGUUCACUCUCACGGCCGAUCAGCAGGAAGUCAGAUUCGAGCCCCUUCUUCGGCGGGCGGUCGGUUGUGCCAUCUCGCAACCGAUACAACUUGGACAGUGACGACUCCGACUCUUUACAACCGGCGAGAGGAACAGAAAACUGGCAAACGAUACCCCCUAGGGAUUCGCUCGGCAUCGCGUAUGAUGAGUUGACCCGGAGCUCUCCGUUCAUGAGACAUACGCCAUCUCUUUCGCCUCGACCCCUCAGCAUUGUCAAGAAAGAUUCAGGCGGGCCGAGAUAUACAAGAGACAGCCGAGUAGGGAAGCAGACGCCUCUGUCACGGAAGUCGUCGUCCAGUUCCAACAUCAUAGCGGGCCAUUGGAACCGAGACUCUUUUAUGCAGCAGGGCGCUGCUGCAAACCGUCCGGAUUACCCGUCGUCAAGGGCGAGUAGCGAAGUACUGGGCAAAGGGAAGGGGUUGGCCCGAUACUCUUCAGGACAUGACUCGGAAGGCUCUGACUGGGUGACGGAGGCGGGAACAGUGGGGAAAAAGGGUCCUCGGAGUCGGCUGAGCAGCAAUGAGGAUUUUCGUGUAUUCAUGUGA